CUCGCUGGGGUCCCCUGCAGCAGAAAGUCUGGGGACAAACGAUCAGUACGGGUGUGGACCCCAGCAGGGACCGACUCCCACCUCCACCUGGGUCGCAGGGCGCCUGGGUCGCUGUCCCCGCCCCGCGGACCAGCCGGCCAAGCUCUCCCCAGGGCGCCGAGGGUGCAGAGCUCGGGCUCCGACCCAAGCUCUCCGCCGGGUGGUGGGCGUUGCUCCGCCCUUCGACCUCGGGGUUGACAGAUGAGAGCCCGCGGGCCUGGGCAGAGCCGCGUCGCUCCUGCUGCUCGGAGAACGCACGCCACCUUGACCGCGGAAUUCGCACCCCGAGGCGGGGGGCCGCGGACAGCAUGGAGCGCCGCGUGCGAGUGAAAACCUGGGUGAAGGAGAACCGGGCCUCCUUCCAGCCUCCGGUGUGCAACAAGCUCAUGCACCAGGAGCAGCUCAAAAUCAUGUUCGUUGGUGGCCCCAACACCAGGAAGGACUACCACAUCGAGGAAGGCGAGGAGGUGUUUUACCAGCUGGAGGGGCACAUGGUUCUCCGCAUCCUGGAGCAAGGGAAGCACCGGGACGUGGUCAUUCGGCAGGGGGAGAUAUUCCUGCUGCCGGCCAGGGUGCCGCACUCCCCACAGAGGUUUGCCAACACCAUGGGGCUGGUGGUCGAGCGGAGGCGGCUGGAGACAGAGCUGGAUGGGCUCAGGUACUACGUGGAGGACACCGUGGACAUCCUAUAUGAGAAGUGGUUCCACUGCAAGGACCUUGGCACGCAGUUGGCCCCCAUCAUCCAAGAGUUCUUCCGCUCAGAGCAGUACAGGACAGGAAAGCCCAUCCCUGACCAGCUGCCCAAGGAGCCGCCCUUCCCUCUGAGCACUCGCUCGGUCAUGGAGCCCAUGUCCCUGGAGGCCUGGCUGGAUGGUCACCGCAGAGAGCUGCAGGCCGGCACAUCUCUCAGCCUGUUUGGGGACACCUAUGAGACCCAGGUAAUCGCACAUGGACAAGGCAGCAGCAGAGGCCCAGGAGAGCUCGUGGACAUCUGGCUGUGGCAGCUGGAGGGUUCUUCAGUGGUGACAGUGGGAGGACAGCACCUGGGCCUAGCCCCCGACGACAGCUUCCUGGUGCCAGCUGGGACCUCGUACGUGUGGGAGCGAGCCCCAGACUGUGUGGCCCUGUCCGUGACUCAGGACCCUGCCCGCAAGCAGCCACCAGGCUGACCCUCUUGUUGUGGGCCUGAAGCAGCCAGGGUGUGCCUCAGUGCUGUCAUGAGAGGCUCCCUGCCACACAGCUCUCCUGAUCUCCACUGAGGACCCCAGUGCCCCCUCCCACGCCCUGACGCCAUGUCAUUCAGCCUCCUGUCACUCUCAGCCAGAGAUGCCAGGCUCCCAGGGUGCUAGCCGCCCUCCAUUGGCCCCGGGACUUGGCCAGGUGGUAUGGUGACCCAUCCCUCUGUCCCCACAGUCCACUUGCCCGUCUCCAGGGCAAUCCUCCAUAAGGGCUCCUGGUGAGGUAGGAGGGUCACAAGUUUGAUCUCAGCCUGGUAAUUUAGUCAGAUCCUGUCUCAGAAUAAAAAAUAAGAUGGGGAUGGGGUGGUGCAUCUCAGUGUGGAGGGCUUGGAUUCAACCUCCAGUAUCACACACAUACAAAUAACAAUAAAAUCAUAACGGCUCCUGGCCAAUGAGAGCUGGUGGGUCAGCGCA